AUUGUAAUUUGUGAUUAUUUCACCGGUUAUUUCACCUUACUCUGCUUGGCAAUGUAUCGGUACCGGUACGCGUGCACUUUGUAUUGGCUAAACGGGUCCCACGUGUAAAAUCAGGGUCAGGGUUAAUGUGAUGUCAAUGAGCGGCUCGACUGCUAAACUUUGGCCGUCUCCAGCCGUACAAAAGAUCUCGGAGUUUCGGAGCGAUGCGCAAGGAGUACGGCCUGCGCCUAGCCUAGCUAAGCAAGCUAGCGCUCCGCUCCGACGAUCUGAUCCCGUAUUCUGGCGCGGCAGUGCAGUGAAGAGGAUUGGUGGAUUUCAACGUCAGUAGUUUGGGCACGAAAUUUUAACCCUGGAAUUUCUUCUUUAAACGUUAGGCGCACUUUACCUUUUCAUCAAAAUGAAGUUGAUUAUCUAUGGAGCUCAUAUGAUUUCAAUUAUCUUUUUCCUCAUGCAUGAGGUGUCAAAAUGUGCAGGGAUCGGUGAGGUUAUCUAUGCAGUGAAUAGCGGCGGACCUGCACACACAGACAUGUACGGAACUCAUUAUCAGGAAGACCCGUUGACCAUCGGCAUCCCAUCGGACUACGGGAAGAGUAUGCUGAUAGCUAGGGUUCCUCCAAGUGAUGCCAUCCUGUAUCAGACGGAGCGCUACCAUUUAUCAACAUUUGGUUAUGAUGUUCCAAUCAAGGAAGAUGGCGACUAUGUCCUAGUUCUCAAGUUUUGUGAAGUUUGGUUCACAUCUUCAAGAAUGAAGGUCUUUGAUGUAGUCUUGAAUGAGCAGCACACAGUUGUUCCUGAUCUGGAUAUUUACCACAAGGUUGGGCGUGGGACGGCCCAUGAUGAGUAUGUCCCUUUCACAGUCAGUAAGAGUAAACUCAAGGUACUAGGAGAGGUCUCAACCAUCAGUGGAUAUCUUAGAGUGGAAUUUCAAAAGGGUGAUCUAGACAAUCCUAAAAUCAAUGCACUUGUUGUUUAUAAGGGUACAUUGGAUGAUGUUCCCAAAUUACCUCCAUUUCCUGGUUUGGAGGAUCCUGAGGAUGAGGGUGACGAAGAUGAAGAGAAGGACGAGGAAGAUGCACCUAAGGUGAUCUCAAAGGCCAAAUAUAAAUCUGGUCCUAAAGCUGUGGACCCAUACGCAGCUGACGAAACUAGCUUUUUAUUCCCAGUACUUAUAGCAAUAGCAAUAUUCAUCCCUACUCUAUUUUGCCUGUGUAGAUUAUAAUGCAUAGCUGUUAGAAUUCUCAGUAUUUUAUUCUAGGAACCAGCACUACAAGUAGCUUUGAAAAUGUGGUUGAUGGGGUUUGAUGGCUAUUCCUAUUCAAAAAUAUCUGUGCGGAUUGGUGAUUGGCUGAUGUCUGUGAAAUUGUGAUUUCAAACACUAUUGGAAAGUCUUGAAAGUACUGCUUUAAACCUUUAUUUAAAUGCAUAUAUGAGUAAAUUGAUUUGUGAAAGAAAAAAUUUUAUCUAGUUCAGAUUACUACUGAUCAGAUAGUGUUGGUCCAUUUCUAUUUUGUAGUUUAAGAAAAGAUAAAGUGGAAAUGAAUAUGGUGAAGGUAUGUAUCUUUGAUAUCAUUGGUCUUCUCUUUAUGUAAAAUCAUCUCUGCUGAAGUUGAAUCCAUAUGGACUCAGAAGUAGCUUUGCCUCUUUUUUUUUUGGGGGGGGGGGAGAAAUUUUGGUUGAAGACAGUAUAAUAUAAGAACAAGAAAUCAAAUAUAGUAUCAACCAAGGCAAUAUUUCAUCUUGUGCAAGUUUGGCUAGAGUAGAGUUGACUGUACUCUCUUGAUAUAAAGUUGAGAAGAUUACUUGUAAUACAAUCAUAGUUUGAUUGUUCACCAGAAGGGUUAUGUGUGAGAAAAUGUACUAAAUCUUGUUGUUUGUCUGUCACUUGCUUUUUUUUUUAAUUGUGUGUUUUUCAUUUGUGGUUGAAGGUUUGGUUGACUUGUGAAUGUGGUCAAUAUCCUUUACUCAUGAUAUAUCUUGUAAUAUGACAGUGCCAAAAUGUACAUGUAGAAGCCUACAGUAGUUUUCUGGCAUUAUCCUUUUUAAUUAAAACAGAUUAUAAGAUUUAUGAUUAAUGGUUAAAAGAAGAUAGAAGUUCAUUUAGUGGUAAUGUAAAUGGAAAAAAAAUGAUUGGAUAAUAGAAUGUAUUUGAAAUAAGAAUAUUUGUCUCAAUUAAUUAGAAUAUUUAUUUCUUACUACUAAAGGAAAGUAUCCACUCAUAAUUAAUAUUUGAUUUUGCGCUUGUAAAUCUGUCAUCAGAGAAUAUGAAAGGAUAACAAAAACGCUUUCAUUUAAAUUCUACUGCAUUGGAUGAGCUGAAGUCAUACUAGUAUUGCAUUCAGAUCUUCUGAAUAUACCUAGUUUUGGAUAAAGUUUAAGUCAUUUUUCUUUGUUCGUGAUUUUUCUAUUCAAUCAACACAAAAGAUACCAUAUCUACACAUUGCUACUGCUGCAAUGCACAACAGGAAAUCAAAACCAAAGAGGUUGGGCAAGAAUCAGAAACAUAACAAGCAAAUCAUAAACAUGUGGAAACUGAUAGGUAGGAAGUUUAGACAAUACCUGUACCAGGAAAAAUAUUAUUAUAAAUACACAGCAGCUACAAAUGAUUUUUCUUUGUCUACCCUUUACACCAUAAUAUAAAGGGGUACAAAUUUUAGCAUAGGAAAUAUGAGGGCGAGGGGGUUUUCGCCCUCAUGACAGCCCAAAUCAAAUGCAUGCUUUGGGGCGACUAUUCUUUCUAGAGUCGCCUCAAUAUCUGUUCCAAACAAUAUUUAAGACUAUUUGAAAAAUCAUUAUUCUAAAUGGCAGAAGAAUAAUCAUUUGCUUUUACUGCACAAUUACUUUUUACCCUUAAAAAAGCCAUUCAAAUGAAAGAAAUAGCCCCCAAAAUUCUGCAAAUUGCCCCCAAUGUGGAAAAAAAUGGCCCCUGAAAAUAAGAUCUAUUUCCUACCCUCUCGGGUACAAUACACUAUUCCUGAAAUAAGUUGACUUGUCCUUUCAAUGAAAACAGAAUAUAUGCAGUUCCAAAUCAUUUUACCUCACAACAAAUGAGUCAUCUCUCAAAACUUUCGGUUCAAAACAUUUCUUGAUAUUAAAGUGUUUCCUUCAGAAAAACAGAAUACUAGGAAUCCAGUGUGCAAACAUUACUUGUUGCUAUGAUGGGCAAUCUUCAGAGUUGACAAUGAAAACCUUAGUGUAAUAGAAUAUUAGUAAAUAGGUCUAUAAUGUAUUUUAUGGAUUAUGCCAUGAAUCAAAUGUGUUGCUAUGUCAAUGCUUUAAUUACCUCUUGUAAGGCAUACUUAAUACAUACUUUGUUUAGUCACUUUCCUAGAGUGACCAGAUGGAACCCUUACGAGGUACACCUUUAGCUAUGUUGCUAUGGAAACACAUUGCUUAGGUACUCUUGUAAUUCAGAACUGUACAUGUUAAUCUCCCCCUUCAAUAUAAAAGCAUUUCUUGUGUAUGAUCUCUGGGUAAAUGUUCAUGUUCUGGAUCGCUUUGAGAGCUCAUAUUUGCUCUAUUAAAAUCCUGAACUAGCUGAAUCAGUUUGAAAAUUGGUUCUGAACCAGGUCUAGUAGCAACACAUACAUUUCAUCUCACUUCCUGAUAUUCAAUUCUACCCUUAUAGUACUAGUAGACCAUUGCAAGCUGCUGACCUUUGCAUAUUUCCUGAUAAAUAUAGCUAUUAGCAUUGUUAUCUUUAUUAUAACAAAUUAUUCUGGAUAUGUUUCAGAAUAUUGAUAAAAAUUUGUAUCACUAUAUAAGGACACUAGUGCUUAAACCAGGGUAAUUUUAUCCAUAGUUAUGUGGAUGGCACAUUUUACGAUAUGACAUAACAUUUAUUUUGUGAUUAUUAAUGUUAUGUGUAAGCGUAGUUUAUGGCUCACCUUUUUCAUGUAUGCAAAAUGCUGAAGACAGAGGUGAUCUGUAGAAUGAUUUCAAAUUCUUGGAGCACAGCUUCAAAAGGAAUAAUGAUAACCAUUUAUUUCAACAUUGUGCCAUGUUAAUUGUCCUCAAAUGAGUUUUGUACGGGUGUUAUAGUUUGUGUUGCUACUUUCGAGUAUUUUUAAUGCAAUUUUUAUAUCAUUACUGGAAAUGCUGUACCUAUCCCGAGUUCCACAUCUUGUUCGUUCAGCUGCUAGCAGCUAUGAUGAUAGGCUUUUCAUCACUGCACCCUAUGUUCAUUUAUAUAUGUAUGUUUUAGCAUUUAACCAAUGGAUCAUCAGUGGUCUAACCUAUUGACCAGAGGUCAACGAGACCGAAGACCAGUAAAGCUGAUUUUUUUUAACCAAUUUCCCUCUGAUUCCCGGGGGGGCCACUUCCAUUGACGAGUGGAUACAAUGCGCGACCAUGGGGUCUCGAAAAGCACCCUAAACACGUAUUUUCCAUAUUCUGAAAAUGCACCCCUUAACGAGUAUUGGCGUCUGAAACCCUACCCUUAACAAGCAUUGGAAACAAAACGAUACUCUUGGCAAGUAUUCCCUGAAAUGAACCCCUAAAAAAGUACAGCGAUAUUUUAUUAUGUCACGGGUCCGUCGGUCAUCGGUUUACCUUUACACACCAUUUGGUUUAGUACGGCCCCACCUUCCACACCUCGUGCAAAUCAGACUCUAAACACGUAAUGUUGGGGCACAAAAGACAUCCUUUAUAAAACAUUCAAAUAUUUUUAGCAUCCCCGCAAAUUUGACCCUAAACACGUAGCUUUCCUAGCGAAAUAGAUACCCUUUUUUCAUUAUUUUUGUGUUUUUGACACCCUUAUCACGUUACGUACUUAACGUGCCCUAUCAUUAAAAAAGACAUCCUUUUUACGUGUUUUUUUUGGUCGCGCAUGGUAUCCACUCGUCAAUGUAAGUGGCCCCCCCCCCCCCCCCCCCCCCCCGGGCUCUGAUUACUUCCUUUCUCAAGAGUAUCAGAGAUUAUACACCAACCAAAGCUAAACAGCAAUUCAAUCAAACAAGAUAUGAUACUGUAACGGCAUGACACUGGAGCAGACAUGAAUAUGUGCUUACAUGUACUUAUUGCAUUCAGUCUGUUGGAAUUCAGUCAAGUGGACAUGAAUCAAAAGUCUUAGGAAUAAAAAAGAAAACACUCAGAAAUCGAAAGCUCCAGGCGAGUCAAUACAUUUCAUUCAUAAUUUAUGUGAGGUUCAUAUUGAGAUUGUCUUUGUAUAUUUUGGGAUGUCAGUAUAGUAUAUAAAUAUGAAUAUGGUGACUUCUGUUGAUUUUGUUUUUUACACUAUGUUUUUAAUUGUCAUGUUCUAUGUAAUUGUAUUGAAUACAAUAAGUAUUCAAAAUUUAUAGCACUGUUUGUGUGUAAAUGUAUUUACACAAUGGGAAUUAGUGGUUUCUGAGCUACUGAAUUGCAAUUGUUAUUUUUAAAAUAGUUUAUUGAAGGCUUUUACUUUUAUUUCAAUGUAAAAUAAUCAAUGUGAACAUUCCUAAUAAAAUUUCACUUUCAUAUAAAAUUC